AUGGUGCGCCUGCUGCACGUGACGAUAUUCGAGGGGGUCGGGGUGGCGCCUCACAAGGAGCCCUACGCCUGCGCCGAGCUGCUCGACAUCACGGGGCGCCCCAUCAAGAAGGAGCGAGUCAAGACGAAGACGGUCACUCCUGGCUCCAAGCUUGUCUGGGGCGAGGAGAGCCCAAGCCCAAGCAGCAACAGCCGCGGCCGCGGCGGCGGCGGCCGAAGUCCCGUGAGAGGGGCGUUGGGCAGCGGAGAGACCAAGCGCGAGGAAGAUGGCGCGCCGUCGAGCGGGGGCGUCUCGCUGACGCUCGGGCGCAAGCAUGACCUGCGCAACGUGGGCGCGCUCCCGGUGCUCCGGCUGUCGCUGUGGGGGCGAGAGGUGCUGUCGAAGGACAAGCCCCUCGGGGUGGCGCUGUUGGACCUGGCGUCGCUCCCGAGGGAUGGGGGCUCCGUGGAGAGCUGGCAGGCGCUGGAGCCGGCGACUGGCAUGGACGUGGACAUGGCUUGCGGCAGCCUACGGGUCAGCGUGCGCCUGGACGAGGAAGAGGCCAACCGGAUCUUCUACGCAGGCGCAGCCGGUCCGGAGGGAGAGGGGGAAGGGUACGUGGUCGGCAUCGAGGACGGGCCCGGGGACGAGGACGAGGAGUAUGCCGAGUCCGACCCUAACCUUCUGGUUGUGAAGGUGCGGCGCGGCAGGGGGCUGAGAGGAUUGGACGUGGACCUCAUGGGCGAGGCCAGCAGCGACCCUUUCGUGAAGCUCACGACUACAACGGUGGAAAAAAACCUGGCCCCCGAAUGGGACGAGGUGUUCCAAUUCGCGGUCAAAGACUUCACCCCCAAGCUGGAGGUGGAGGUGCUGGACGCCCACGUGGUGGUCCAACAAGCGAUGGGAGCGUUCGUGAUCAAGCUGGAGGAACUGCUGCACAAACGACGAAUGAGUUUUCACGACCACUCCUCGGAUACGGCGGAGGGUGAGGAGGAAGAGAACGAACCCCUCAGCCGCAAAAAGUCCAAGUCGAAGGUGAAGGCCAAGAUGCGGGACAAGGCGGAACAGGCGCGCGAGGCCGAGAAGAAGGCGAUGCAGCAGGAGCUCAUGGACAUCGAGGUUAAGUCCGGCGAUUACACGAUCUACGUCCACAUCAUAGAGGCGAGAGACUUGAAGGCCGAGGACCUGCAGGGCACGUCGGACCCCGUGGUGUACGUGGAGGCGUUCGGUCAGAAGUUCGCGACCGAGGUGAAGGAGGCGUGUCUCAGCUGUGUCUUCGACGAGACGUUCGUUAUCGGCCUCAGGAACUUGGACAAGGACGAGUUCGAGGAGGGAGUCAUCAGAAUAAGCGUUAUGGACGCCGAUGGUCCCGUGGCGAUCAAGAACGACCUGAUUGGCUCGUACAGCUUCGACGCCUCGAAUGUAUACUUCCACAAGGAUCACGAGAUCCACCGUCAGUGGGUGGCAUUGGUAGAUGACGAGAACCCCAAAGAUUCAGGCACCCAGGGUUACCUGCAGCUGUCCAUCGCCAUCGUCGGGCCAGGCGAUAAGCUCAAGGUUACCGUAUCCGGGGGUGCCCCGGCGCAAACAAAGACCAAGAGCAUGUACGGAACGCGUUCCUCCAUGGCGCCGAAUUGGAGAACCCAGCUGUGGGUGCCGGUGUCCAUCCCGAGCAUGUCGGGGUCGGUUAAGACGGUCGUCAAGGACUGGGACUCGAUGACGGAGGAUGAGACGGUGGCGUCCGUGAACUGCAAGCUGAAGGAGAUCGAGGGCCUGCCGGACAGGCGGCACGGGCCGCGGUGGUUCCCACUCUACGGAGCCCCCCUUGUCAUCCCGACCAGCACCGACAUCGCCGAGAUCGCCAAGAGGAUGGCCGCCGGCGAGGCGACGACGAACUGGCGAACCUUGUACGACAACCUGCCGCAGAAGGGGUCUACCUACCGGGGGCGUUUGCUUCUUUCGAGGGAGAUAAGAGAAAGCCUGCCGAUAGGGAGGGAAGAGGGGGGCCGAUUGCCCAAAAAGAAGGAGCCUUCCACCACCAGGGUCGCCAUGCGGUGCUACGUUGCCACGGGGGCGGACAUCCCCUGCCAGGCCUCGGUCAUCCGCAUGGGCCUAAACUUCAGGAUGUCAGUCAGGAUCAGCAUCGGCUCGGAGGUUCUAGAAACCAGGGCGGUCGAGAACGCCAGCGGGGUUUGCGAGUGGGGGGAGUUGCUGGAGAGCAAGGAACCCGUCGUGCUACCGUCCGACCCUGACCAGAUGCCCGACGCCAUUGUGCACCUUCAACGGGGAGAAGACAAGGUUCCCAUCUGCUUCUUCCGGAUCCCGGCCAAGGAGUUGCUAGAGAAGGGGAUGGAAGGUAUAUCUCCCCGGUGGCUGCUCCUCGGAGAGGAUAAGGUGCUGGAUUGCCUCCCCCCCGGACAAUACCCCGGGUCCGUGCUGAUCAAGCUCGGCCUCGGCACCCUCCGACAGUUUUCAGAGUCGGCGGCCGAGUGGCAGGCGGAGGCCUUGAAGCUCAGGAAUCGAACGUCCUACCUUCUUCGCGUGCACAUCUACCAGGGACGAGAUUUGCCGGCGGCCGACGACAACGGGCUGAUGGACCCCUUCCUGAAGAUGCAGUGCCAGGGGGAGAAGCUGAACACGGAGGAGUUCAUGUACCUGGGGAAGGCGGUGCACCGCAGGAGGGAGACGGUCGACCCCAUGUGGUACUUCACGUGGGAGGCGGACCUAAACCUGCCCUCCGUCGAGCUGCAGAGAUACUUCCCCCAGGUGAGCAUCCAACUGAUGGACUGGGACCCGCUCGACCCGAACGACUACGCCGGCUGCAUGUUCCUCGACCUCGGCAGCUGCCCCAUCGAGAUGGACCAGGCAAACAUCCCCUACCCCCCCCUCCCGACGUGGAUGCCCUUCUUUUUGGAGAAACCCGGCGAUUCUUCGGGAGAGCUGCUGGUAUCCUACCAGCUGAUCAAGACCACUCGCCCGGGCCUGUCGCUUGCACCCCCGCCCGACCUCACCCCCAAGCUGAAGCCGGCCUACUUGGAGAUACUGGCGCUGGGCAUCCGCGGAAUGCAGCCGUUCGAGAUGCUUCCGAUGCAGAUGCCCUACAUGCAAAUGGAGGUUGAUCUACCGCAUGGGAAGAAGGUCUCCCUGACCACGAACCCUUCCAAGAAGCCCUCGGGGGCGGAUGCCAACUUCUUGGAACGGCUGAAGGUGCCGCUCGACCUACCCGUCAAUGAGAUCUUCGCCCCUAGGCUCAAGCUGUGCGUGCGGGACGUGCGGCUCGGCGGCAGCGGCCCCGUUAACGACAUGGCGAACCCGAUGGCCGGGGCUGGGAAGGGCAACGGUAGGGGCAGGAAGACGGCGGCGGUCGGCGGCUUCGGCGGCGGCGGCGGCGGCGGCGGGGUUGAGGUUGAGGUGCCGGCCCCCGAGGCGGGGAUAGUGGAGGUGAUGGGGCAGGAGGACGAAGGCGCGGGGGUGUUUGGAGCCAUUCUGCACGAGCCAGUGGUGCGAGAGAAGGUGUGGUCCGCAGCUAGGGGGGCUAGGGGGGCCAAUGGCGAGGAGGACGAGGACGAGGACGAUGGAAUAUCUGUGUCAUCAAAAGAGCACCCUGAUUACUUUUUCGUUUUGGCGCAGAUCCUGAACGAGCUGUUGCUGCCGAAGGGGUAUAAGCUUCGGCUGUACUGCCUGCAAGCCCUAAACCUGACCCCCAUGGACAUCGGCAUUGGGGGCAGGCCUGGCAAGUCCGACCCUUACCUCAAGGUCAAGCUGGGCAAGGAGGUGUUUAGCGACGUGGACAACUACAUCGAUGACGUCACGGACGCCGAUCUGUAUAGGUGUGUAGAGCUCAACUGCGAGCUCCCUGGGGCCAGCCAGCUGCAGAUCGACGUCAUGGAUUACGACGACAUCGGUGGCGAUGAGCUCAUCGGGAGGACCGUGAUCGACUUGGAGGACCGGUGGUUCGAUCAGCGGUGGCAGGAUAUGGGUAUGGAGCAUCGAGCGGAAGUCUUGAACACCCCGGACAAGAUGCGGUGGCAGGUCAAGCCGCUCGAGAACCGCAGCCUCUACGUGCCCACAAGCAAUGCGCCGCAGGGCAUGCUGCAGUGCUGGGUGGACAUAAUGCCACCGGGAGAUGCCAAGGGCUUUCCUCCAGCCGAUGUCGCCCUACCACCGGACGUGGAGUUUGAGGUGCGGCUGGUGAUCUGGAAGUGCAAGGACGUGGUGGCGAUGGACUUCGCCAGCGGUCUGAACGACCUCUUCGUCAAGUCGUGGCUGGAGGGAUGCGACCCACUGGAAACGGACACGCACUGGAGAGCCAAGGGAGGGAAGGGGUCCUUCAACUGGCGCAUGAAGUUCCGUGUGAUACUUGGCCCAAGGGCCCGAAGUUCCAAGUUCCCGUACCUCACCUUGCAGAUGUGGGACAAGGACUUGCUGUGGAACGACUGCAUCGCCGAGGGGAUGCUGGACCUCGGCAAGCACUUCCGACGCGCCUACAAGAAGAAGAACGAGGUGCUGAAGCUGUUCGAGAGCGAGCAGACGGAGAGGGCCAAGGAAGCCAUCGUCAAGACCCAGCAGGCGCUCAAGUCGGAGCAGGCGAAAGCCCUGAAGUAUGAGCUACAAACCGGAAUCCCCAACCCGCUGCUGGGCGAUAUCGAGGACGACCAACCCGUCUCUCCCAUAUCCGCGGACGCCGAGAUUGGAUCCGGCCGGCCCGGCAACAGGGCGGCCGCAAACGCCGGCGAGGAUAGGCGUGGCGGCGGCGGCGGCGGCUGGUGCUGUUUCGGUGGGAAGAAGCCCAUGACUCAGCUCGAGCUUCGUGCGGAGAACGACCGUCGACGGACUCUGGGGAUGCCGCUCCUGGACGAGGAGGAAGGGCUGACGGCGAAGGAGGCCAGGGAGAGAAGGAAGGAGGAGGGCGACGAGGAAGUGAAGGAGCUGAUCCAGAAGCUCAAGGUCAUGGCGGGGAUAAGCAACGACGACCCGCCGGAUUCCCAGUGGAUAAGCCUGGAGAAGACCGACCGGAAAACCGGCAAGAAGACCCCGAUGGGGAAAUGCCUCAUCGGCAUCCAGAUUUACCCGCUGGACAAGGCCGAGGCGCAGCCGGCAGGGUUUGGGCAGGGCCGAGCCCAACGACUCUCCGUUCUUGCCCCCUCCCAACGGACGCCUCCAGUUCGGGUGGAACCCCAUCUCCAUGAUCUCACAGCUGCUGGGCCCCCGGCUUUGCGCCAUCCUGUGCUGCUUCCUGUGUUGCGGCAUCAUCAUCACGAGCCUGAUCGUCUUCCAACCCUUGUGGAAUCUCUUGAUCGCUCUGGCCUUCAACAAUUAGAAGCCAACGGGUUGAACAACACCCCCAAGGCCAACAGCAACAGAGAGUUAACGCUGUUUUCUGACGUGUUUUUUUUUCGUGGGCUCCUUGGUCUACUGGUAUGGACGGUCGGCGUUGCCAGCUAUUUUGCCGUCUAUGCCGCGGACGCGGGGGGCGAUGGGUUGGGCUUGGUUGUGAAGUUGUCGGGGAAGGGAAGGGGCGGAGGACGUUCAUGAUUUGGCUGGUUGGUUUGUUGACUGGUUGUCUUUGUCCGUCUGUGUGAAGUAUGAAUGUUCAUCGGUUUACGUUGAUCGUGGGGGCGGGUGUUGUCGACGCUUAAGACUAUGGAUUUUAACGAAUUUCACGUGUGUUGCUUCUGCUGCUUGAAUUUUUUGCUGGCGUAGCGCAUGGUACAUAGUGCUCAACAACCAGACACGAACGAAUCUGUACAUGGGUAUACCUUCUUUUUUCCGGCGCGACGCCUGCUACGUGGGAAGGUGAGCACUGCCACUUUUUUCGAUGGCAGGUCAAAGCCCCGCCUUGGUUUUCUGUCAGCUGCAGGCGUUUUUGUCGCAUGCUGACCACGGUGGCGUCGCUUGUGUCUGAAGCCGAACGGCUCGUGUGUUUGUUGUAUGGUCGUGUGUAUGUGGUUGUGGUCGUAUCUCUCGGCAAGGAGAGGCAGCGUAACUUUGGGCGAGGCUGUUUUUUUUAGCCUAGUGGUGGUGGUACUGCGAGGCGAGUAGCAGUAUGCAACGCUUUGGUUUGAGGCGGAUUGAACGCUUCGUUUUUGAGGCGUUUCUACCUCCCGCACGGGUAAAAAGAUUGUACCUACUGGGUGCCAAAGGCAUUCAGCCUGGCGCGUUUUUCCUCAAGGCACCGGGCGUAUGUGCUAAAUAGAUGCCCUCUUUCGUGCAUCAACUAAAGGUCCUGUUCGUCGCUUGACGUGGUUCUGCUCUAGUGUUCAGAAGAAGAACGAGGACCGCAUGGGAGCCUGUUCUGGUUGGCGUAAGUUCCAACGCUAUGCUCAUAACGGCGUCAUCGUCCAACCAACAUGUCGCUUCCUGCCGGAGUUUUUUUGUGGGUGCAAUGUGCGUGGGCGAUUCAUCUGGACGCGUUCACCUUUGCGGCGCAGCAGUGCACAGCAGUGGUAUUCGCCGUGCUUUGCGGACCGUAUUUUGCUCGGUCAUUUGGCCAAAGACCAAGGCUGAGCCGGGCGGGAUGUAGCGCAACAAGGCGGGAGGUGGAGGGGGCGAGGGGGGGAGUCCAUGAGAGAAAGCAUGCCGUAGUAGUCGUUGGCCUACCGUCGGCCUCUCGUUUCUUAUGGGCGCGUUUGUGCGUUUGUUUGUUUGUGUUCAGUGUGUGACACACUGUGUGUCUUUCGUUCGUUCUCGGUCGGCCCCACUGAAACUGCCUUUGUUUUAUCUUAUCUUACAACACCUGGUCGGUCGUGUCCUGGGAUCGGCUUACAAAUGUGCACAACGUCUGGUUCUAGGAAUGGUUUUGUUCCGAAUAGCGACAAGAGAGAAGGAAUCGAAGGGGGGGAGAGCGAAAAACUUCGGCGCUGCUGCGCGUUAUUGUUAGAAUUUGACGUUUGGAAGACAUUUUUUUUUUGGUCGUGUGCCCGGUUCAAUGGGCAAUGUAUUAUUGUAAAUUUGCGCAACAAUAUACAGAAGCAGAGCCAUCUAAGUCUAGACUAUAUACCGGAGCACGGAAGAGGGGGCGGAUUUGUAACAUAUAUUCAAUGAGGGUGGAAUCUCGGGAAUGGGGCGGAAGGGGUCGCGAGGGCCGCGACAUGUUUGUUUUUUUGCAAAAAAGUUGAGGGAGGUGCGGCGGUUUCAAGAGGAGUUUGUUUGGUGUGAUGAAGAGGAGAGAGCCUCUUUGUUCAGCCACACUGCUGUUUGUGUUGCGCAGGCUAAUAAUGAAGGACGAUUACUGUGGGGGACGGGGCUACGUUGGUUUACAUUGUAGCUCUCAUGCAGCAGACUGGGCAGGAGGCCCACAGCAACGGGGGCGCGAAUCACGACUCAAGCCGAGAGAUUGCCAAAUUCCGUGUGUUGCAGGCCAUGUACCUACCCUAUGUCAUCCCGCGAGCUACACGUAGUGAGUAUACUGCUGUAGUCAGUCUAGUUUUUGUCGCAGGGGAAGCGGCAGUGAGUCAAGUGUGCAGGCAACUACUGUAAUGUUUUGCUUUUUCUAAGAAGACAUCAUGCAGGG